AUGGCGGCCAAGAAUGGCAGUCCUAUUAUUACGCGUGUUCGAUUGGCUCGUCACCCUAAUGCUUUCCUCACAGUGGACGAAGAGGAGGAACAAUACACGGUCAAAUGCGAGGUUUCUACCAUGAACUUUAUCAAACAGAGGCUCCCUCAUGUGGUUGUGCCUUUCGUGUACGCCCAUGAAGGCCCUGGAUCACAGCGUGCUUGUGAUAUUAGCGCUCCUUACAUGCUCAUAGAAGGCUUUCGUGGGAACACACUGCAAGACAUGGUGUCUGAUCUUUGCAGUUUGCCAGCCAUCUCAAAGCAAGAGCAUAUCAUAGCUCAAUGGGAAACCAUCUAG